GGUAUGGAAGCUUGAGAGUAUUGCCUAUUGGUGUUCUGUGUAUGGUUGGUUUGGUAUGGAAGUUUCAUUCAUGCCCUGCGCGAAGUGCUUACUGCCAAGUGCCAGUUUAGCUUAAAGCUGUUAGCUGAAUAGCUUGAAGAAUACGUACAAUUUUUUGUCUCCCUCUUAAAUUCACAAAAUAAUAAAUAUCUGGAAUGUGAUUGACAACAAAAAGAUCAAAAUAUUUUCUUUUAAAAUGUUUCUUUUUAUGUGAGUGUUGUGAAACAGGGGUCUAUCUUUGUGACUUACACAGUGGAGGACAAAAUAGGUAUGAAGAGACGAAACGCCGAUAUUGUCAAAAUGCGGCGCCCAAUAAAGCGCACUAAAAUCCCUGAGGCAAUAUAUGGAAGUUCAUUUACAUAUGCAAAAUUCAUAUCGUUUUGGCUAAUCGUCAUCGUGGCUGACUAUUUAUUGGAGUUCAGAUUUGAGUUUAUCUACCCAUUUUGGAUAUUAUUCCAAGCAGCUCAUGAAACAUUCAAAUUUCAAGGCCUUGCAUUCACAAUAGUGUUUUUAUGCAUGGCCGUGACAUCAGAUAUAAUAUUCUUCAUGGUGAUACCAUUGCAAUAUAUAUAUUUUUUAGCCGGCACCUAUGUCUGGGUGCAUUAUACAUGGAGCACAUUCUGCGAUAAGCCGGGAAUGUUCGCGCAGACAGUAAUACUGUGUUGCAUGAUGGUGUAUGCAGAGUGCACUGUAAUACGCAGCCCGCCGCCUGAAAUAUGGCGCCCGCUCGCGGCGCACUGCAUCGGAUAUCCUGCCAUGACGAUUGGCUUUGGAAUCAAGUCGUACGUAAGUCAAAUUAUGCGCGAGCGACGACAGCGGCUAAUCCGUGCCGAGAAUGAGUUCUACUUCCAGCUGCUGAGAGAGUCGCUGCCGGAAAGCGCACUCGAACAGAGCCAGAAUGGUAUCAAAGAGAGUAGUAACAUGAGCGAAGCGGUCCAAAGCGGGCCAGAGGUGAGGCACAUGAACGACACGUUAAAGAAGCGAUUCGUCAAAGAGAACGGCUUGUGUCCCACGGAGCAUGCGCAGCUACGGUUUAAGUUAGAGAAAUUAGAAAAGCAUUUAGCACAAAGGGAGCGAGAUAAAGCGAACCAGACGUUGGAGCGAAACCCGUUCGCUUCGAGUCAGAGCGUGAAAACGCAGACGUCACAGAGUGCGGACAACGCGCCUGCGGCACGCACGCAUAACUCGCAGGGCACACAAACGCACAGCCACGUGAAUGGCAAUGGCUGCGCUAAGGGCGCCGGUGCGGCGAACGAAGACGACACGCCUGAGAGCAAGGGAUGUACAAAAACAAAAUUGGAGAAGAAAGAAAGUAGUACAAUAAGAGAAGAGAAAAGAAAGCAGAGAAAUAGAGAUAAGGAGAACAUUGAUAAUCAUAAGAGCACAGAACAAUCAAAAGAACCUAUAGCCAAAGAUCUGGAGAUAAACACAAAGGAGUGUUCAAAGGGUAAUAGAGAUAGCAGUAGUAAUAAGGAACGAGAAAAGGAGAAGGAGAGAGAAGCGAAGGAGAAGGAAAAGCGAGAAAAGGAAGAGCGCAUAGCACGGGAGUGCAUCGAGGAGCUGCGGCGGGUGAAGACGGAGUUGGCGGCGGCGCGGAACGGAGAGGCGGACGCCAGACGCGAGCUGGCGGCGGCCGUGGCCACCGAGCGCACGCGGCGAGCGGAGCACGCGCAUCUCAAACACGCGCACACGGCGCUGCAGCACAAAAUGAAUACAUGGCGCAACGAACGCAUGGCGAUGGAGCGGCGACAGAACGAAGAGCGACGACAACCCAAUAGUACCGCCCCGACACCGAAGCAAGCCACUGGAGAAUGCUCAAGCACGCGAUGUCGUUCGAAAUUGAACUCACAAGAGGCAGAGGCUUCGUCGCUUCGCCGAGAGCUGCAGCGCGCACGAGAGAGAGCCGAGCGACUGCAGCGAGACCUGGUGCAAGCCAGUGAACAGGUACGAACACUAGAGGCGAGACAGGAGGAAGCGAAAGUUAAACAACCGUGUACUCGCACGUGGCAAGCGUUGCAGGAACGGGCAGCUCACCUGGAGCUCUCGCUGUCGUCGGAGACACGCGUUAAGCUGGAACUGCUGUCCGCGCUGGGAGACGCUAAGCGACACAUGACCCAACAGGAGGGACUAAUAACACGCCAGGAGAAAGAGAUAGAAGAGCUGAAGGCUCAAAUGGUAGCGGUAAUGCCAUCCGAGCCAGUCCGGCCCAUGUCCGGCGCUGUGUCCAAACUCAGACUGCUCGAGCAAUCUGAUCAGUAUGAGUACUUCGAGCAGUUCGAGCACCGCGAGAGCGUCGACUAUCGUGAUCCGUUCGAGAGCCACGAGCUGUAUGACCGAUCUCCGUUGGAUCCUGCCGCGCCUCACUAUACCCCGAAACGACUCUGCUCCGAUGCGUAAUUGUGAGUUAAAUAUACAAACGAUUCGUAAGUCAUUCAGUUAUCUAUCUUGUGAAUUACUCUGUGUGCUUGAUGAUGAUUACUUUCAUAGGGAGAAUCAAUGAGCUAUCAGAUCAAAGUCAUCUUGGAUAAUUCAUUCAAAAGAGUCUUCUCAGCGUUAAUAAUAUGAUAGAUCCAAAUACGAUACUUCUACACGAGGCAUUCUCAGGAGAUGUUGACUCGCCAAACUCUGGCACUCAGUGCCAGUGCGUGUAGAGGUGAAACACGUGUCGAAUUGUUUAAAGACAAAUAUUGGCGGAAUUAACGCUAAAGAAAACUCCAAACAUUUGGAUAAUUAUGGAUUUCCGCAAUGUAACGCCUUUUUCAAUAAAUAUGAUAGAUCUUCACAUUAAAACAAAAUUCUUUUAUAUACCACCAAGAUUGAGAAAAUGGAAAGUUAUUUAGUAAUUAAUUUUUUGUCGAAAUGAGUAGGAAAGUAUUCUUUCUCCUCUCAUAUAGCCUUGUGUAUGCGGUAAUUUAAGUGCUUAUAUUACUGUUAAUAUAAUUCCCGAGGUAUAAUUACGUAUUUGUAUAAUAUACUACCCCCCUUUUGAUCAUUACCCACCAUUCGACGCUUCAUAAGGUCGAAAAAGAAACAUAUACUUAAAGAAUGUUCUUUUAGUAUUAUUUUCUUCUCCGGUGACCCGCUCGUUUGUCCUCCUAUUCCAUUUAAAAAAAAAAAUCUCAUGAGGUAAUAUGUUGGUAUUCCAAGAUGACUUCAUUGCGAAUAAUAAUCGUAUUAUUAUUGUCUAUUCUUUUCCCAUGUUUCGGCUUCAGAAAUAUCGUUAUAUUAAACAUUUUUCACACAAACUGUAGGAUUAAAAUUAAAUUUGUACACUUAUGAAAGUCAAUUUUGAUAAAACCAUAUUAUAUAACUGAAUGACUUACGAUAAAACAAGAGCUUUAAGCGUCCGGCUCAGUAACAUCAAUAUUACUGAUAUUUUUACGACAUAAUAUGAUCUCAUUUUUUAUAUUUUUUUUUUCGUUUCUUUAAUGUAGAUUUGUAAUACAAAGAAGCGGUGGUAAUAAUAUCAAAGGCAAGUUUGCUGAUAAACUGUUUACAAUAACCACAUUUCCGUGUACUUAUUUUUGUAAGGUAUGAAUCUCUUUGAUUAAUUGAAAAUCUCAUAAUUUCUUUAUUCUAUAAGAAUACUGUUGUUAUUUUUAAGUAACAUCCCUUACUCCUGGGAUUAAAUAUACAAAUUUAAUUUAUACCAAAAUUUGUACACGAUGCGGGACUCAACCCGUGAUUGCCGAGCUAUGUUACCAACUGAGCCAACCGUUCGAGUGACGCAUCGACCGUAAAUCUUGCAGUCCCGCAUCGUUCGUAAAUUUUGGUAUACAUUAAAUUUGUGUAUACUGUUUUUAUAUUUUAAAACUGUUUAACGCACAAUAACAAAAAAAGAUCGGCAACGGUCCUAAGAUUCCUCUAGUUUUCCAGGAGAGAGUGGGUAACGGUGAUCACUUCCCUUAGGUGACCCGUACACUCAUUUGUCGUUGUCCGUAAUAAAACGAAGGUUGAGAAGGAAAUGUAUGGGACACUGCGCGGUGUUUUGCAAAUCUUCAGUAUUUGAACAUCUUUUUGUUAUAAUUAAACUUUUUUCUAACGGAAAUUAAAACUUAGGUAAAAAAAAGUUGUCAAGUCAUUUAUUUUUUAAGCAUUUCGUUUAAGCAUUGGUAUUUUUAUAUUCAUUCGUCCGGUAUGUUUGCAUAAUAAAUGGUGAUAUUUUUCAUGAAACGUCAAUAUGGAAUGGAGACGUUAUUUCAGAAAUUUCUGUGAAAGAGUACAAGUAAGCAGCGGCCUCGAUUAGUUAAUUUUAUCGAAGUGACGUCAUUACUGUUGUUUAACAUACUUUUCGUAAUUUUAUUACCGGUUUGGAUAUUUAUUGAUAUGCCAGUUCUCGAUUGCCAUUCAAAGAGUAUGUAAUAAUUAUUGCAUAUAUUUUAAGCCAGAAACACACUACUCUUGUGUCGUGUCCAGUUAAAACCGCAUCGGUAUUAUAUAUUUUGUUAGAUGACCUGGGAUUAUAUUAAAUAUGGGAUACUUAAACUUAGGCAUUAUUACCUACAUUGUGUUAUGUCGCAACAAUUGCUUCGCCCCCAUUACGCAAAAGCUGUGUUAGGAUGGGCUCUGAUGUGUCACAACUGUUUUUAUUAUUAGCUACUUACAGACACGUGCGCUAUGUAUUUGUUUCUGUAAAAUGUUUUUUUUUUAUGAAAAUAAGAGACAAGACGAGCAAGACGUUCAGCUGAAGGUAAUUAAUUCAGGUUCCGCCCAGGAAAACCCAAAAAUUCUGAGCCGGCACUACAAUUUCGCUCGUCAUCUUGAGACAUAAGAUGUUUAGUCUCAUUUGCCUAGUAAUUUCACUAGUAACGGCGCCCUUCAGACCGAAACACAAUAAUACUUACACAUUAUUGCUUCACGGCAGAAAAAUGCGCCUUUUUGGUACCAUGGCAUGGAGUAGUUUAUUUCUACCCUUAUUGUGUUAUUAAUAAACGUGAAGUAAAGUUAUUCCAAAUUUAAAACUUUUUGUCUUUAUCUUACCUUUGUCAUUACAGAAUUACAUGACAGGGAGAUGCAAUUUUAAACUUGGAGUAACAUUUCGAUGCGUUUAUUACUAAGACAGUUAUAGAUUAUUAUCCUAAAUUGCCGCCUUAAUUUAUAAUUAUCUCAAAUGUUGUGUUAUGUUGCGAUUUGUACAAAUACGUAACAACGCUAGUCAUGUCGUUAGUGAAUUUUUUUUUUUUACACAAAGUCGUACCUUAUAUCAAAUUGCCGUUAAUUUUAGAAAACGCUGACCACAGCGACUAGUUGCUGCUGAGAUCUGAUUGAUCGAUAUCCAUAGAAUGGUCCACAGAUGUCCUAUGUUGUUGAAAUACGACGCAUUUCUCAUUUUCAAUGAUAAAUGCGUCAUGUUUCGCGAUACAUUAAUCUUAUUGAAGGUGACCGAGUAAUUUGUCAAAUUAUUAUUAUAAGUAUGAAAGAAAUGCCCGGAUCCAACAAAAGAUUAAUGAUCUUACAAUUUGUUACUAUUAUUAAUUGUAAUAUAUAGUUAUCUGUGUGAUAUGACGUGUAAGUUGACAGUUUGACACUGUCAAGCAUGACGUCAUGGAACUGUCAAAGUGGGAUUUACUGUUUACAAGAUGGCGUCCACUGAGUGCAGCCGGUUCACUUUCAAUCAGAUUUCUUGCAUUGCAUUUGUGAGGUACUUUCACUAAUGUACUUUUACAAGUAUGUAUGUUUACUUAUGACUUAAACGUGUUUAAUAAGAUUAAUGUAUUUUUUUUUCUCUACAAAUAUGAUGUAUUUGUUGCUUCAAACCUCUCUACUUGUGUUGAUAAAUAUAAUAUUUAAUUUAAGCGUGGCGUCCAAAUAAUAAAUUUACCACCAAUCCUAUUUUUAUAAGUCUGAUUUGAAUUAAUUUCGUGUAUAAGCUUUAGAAUAUUUCCUAAUUAAUAUUUACCUACUUUAAACAUUAGCUCGUUAAUUCUUCGACUUCUAUUUGAUAAUAUGUUUACAUUUACUUUCUUCCGUUGUAUAUUAAUUAUCAUAAAGUCUAAAAAUGACACAGUUAAUAAAUAAAGUGUCUGAACUGACAUAAUAAUUCAUCCAUCAUACUGAAAGUACAAAAACGACUAAGAGUAAUAAAACAGAUAAAGAACAGUUUGUAGCCGUCAUUUCUCUGCUACUGUGCUGUUAAUAUGCUCAUGUAAGUUUUUGUGUCAUUUAUUUCCUAUACAAGCCCCUAGAUGUCGCCCUAACGACGUAUUACGUUUCUUUUUACAUCACCGUAGUUAAAGGAGAAUGACCAGUAUUGUAUGGAGCUUGGGCCACGUACAAAUAUUUUUGUGUCUCGAUAAAUGUUAGCAUAAAAUAAAACUUGAUAAUUCUAUUUUCAUUCAUGUAAUGUUCAUCGUUUGCUCACGAGUGAAACAACUAAUCUUUCCUAAUAGCACUCAACGUCACACGGUUAUUGUCACUGUCGAUGUCGUGACAGUGACAAUGAUAGUUAACACAUACUCUGUUAAGACUAGAUGUCAGUACACUACAAAUCACAACAAUAUUUUUCUGGUUGGAACCCCAGAUUCAGAGAAAAACUAAUCGCAUAAUAAAGUAAGUAGGUACAUUAGUUCGGACUACGUUUUUAAUUCAUAAUAAAUAACACUCACUGUAAUAGUUUUAGCAUAAUAUACGGAAGAAAUAUAAUAAGUUACUCAACUCGACGCAAAAACACACUAAUAACGGUAUGGGAUUGAAAUCAAAUUCAAUUAUCCUUUAUUGUUACGUGUAGGUAUUUAGUUUCAAGUUUAACUAAAAGUGGUAUUUAGUACGCAAAAAAUGACGCUGAAUGUCAAUGAAAUCAUAGACUAACCACAUGACGAGUUGUUUCGAUUCGAUUUUAAUUGGUUAACGAGAUAUUAUAUUCCAAAAAAAAAAAUCGAUUCUUUUUAAAUAAUGUACUAUAAAUAUUGGAAUUAAUAAUGCAUAAUUUAAACAAGGUUUUACUUCUUACAGUUCCUAAUUUAUGUUACAUAUUGGACAACACAGUUUAGUUGAACAGUUUUUUUAUUGUAGAUUAAAACCAAUCCUCCAAAAAUCAUAAAUUAUUAUCUAAUUAUACAUACUAAUAAAUGAUUUUCGACUUUAUGGCACAGGCCACAGAGAACAGAUUAUAUAUAGUGUUAAUGUUACCCAUGACAGGUCGGGUCGUACCUGGAACGUCGGUUCGGUAGUCAGCCUAAUAUUUAUUUGCUCAUUCUGUCCGUGGCUCGAUCGGACUGUCCGAACCUGUUUAACGUCACACCUUGGAUUGGACCUUUAUCGUUCCAUUAGAGAACAUAGUUCCAGGAACUAUUUUAAUCCGGAACUAUUCAUGUCUAUUAUUUAUUGGUCGACUUGAAUAUAUUACAUCACUGUUAGAAUUGUUAUUAUAACAAAAAUCAAAUGUAAGUACCUGUUUACUUUUAUAAGCCUUUUUGACUCGACUUCGACCUUUUUUAUUUUAUUGUUAUUCAGAUCAUUGGCUUCUCAUUACUUGCGUCAUUUUCUUGAGGAAAAUUAUUUUUAUAAGUCUCUGUUAAAUACGUUUAUAUCAUGUUUCCUCUGUGGAUCAUCAUCUCUCCAAUAUAGUAUGGUGUACGCACACGAUAGGAAGUGAAAACGCAUGAUAAAAUAGUUUUUUUUUAAAUUUUACUUUCAACAAUAUAAGUUACAAUUACCACAAUCAUAAUUUUAGAAAAAUGUGUAAUGAUGAAAUAUCUAAGUGAAGAUCGAAAUGAAGUUUUUGUGUAUCUAACAAAUUAUUGACUAUCACAGAUCACCACGUGUACCUUUUUUUUUCUUUGGCACUGCACAGUAUGCGCAUUCAUCCAUACACGUGUACCUAAAAAGGCGCCAAAACCUGACAACAGCGUUUUGACGUUUAUAUUUUUUAAUAUUCGUUUCAUAUGAGGCUAUGACCUAGAUUAGAUAAGUUAAUUUGGACGCUGCGCUUUCGAAAUUGUAUACAAAUUUACAACCAAUAUGGACAUACUUGAACGAUGUUGUUUAUUUUUUUUAUUUUGUGCAUUACACAGAUGUUGAUGUUGAGCCUAGCUCAGCUAACAGUAUUAUGUUUUGACGGGAGUUUGGAAGCAUGAGGCUGAUUUUUUUUGGUAAAACGUGUUGAAUAUUAUGAUCUUCCAUUCUUUCUACUGUAUUUCCAUUGCAUUUGUUUAUAUAUAAAUAUUAUAAGGUUACGCCAAGUACGACAAUUUCUUAUUUUGAUUUUCUAUGUUUACACGAAGAGGCUAUUGAAAUAAUUUAGAUAUAAUUUUGUCUGUUUAUUCCAUUUUGUUCUUUGUAAAGGAGUUGUAUACUCUCCUUAUGCCAUCCAUAACAGAAACAAAUGCGAAAAUUUUAAAAAUAAUUUUUUUAUGGUUAUGUAAGAAAUAGUUUUUUUUUAAUAAUAUCUAAAGAAAUUUUGUUAGACAGAGGCUGUUCUUAUAGGAUUUGUUUAUUGUCUUCGAUAAAAUAUUUAUUAGAUUAUUAGCGCCCAUAUCCACGAAGUAAUGAUUUUUAAAUUUUGUUAAACUGAAACACAGACACUUUAGUUCUAAAGGUUUUUCUAAAAGCACACGGAGGCAUUUUGGCGCGUCCGUACGUUGGCUGACACUUAAUAGAAUUAUGGCCACACGUUCAAUUGUGCCCUUUAAUCUAGUAAAUAUUUGAUCGAAGUUUAUUUUAUUAAGAAUGAGAUUGCGACAACAUUGUCUACUCUAGUCGCCAUUUUGUAGUUCACGACAUCAUCGAUUCAGAACGCGGAAAUAUUAAUGUACUCACAGUGUUUCAUUAAUAUAUAUAUAGUGAGGUAUAUAUCUUAGAUAAAGAUUACAAUUCAACAAUUUUCUUUAUAUAUAAUAUCUAAAUAACUAUUUCUGCUAACUCGUGGUAACCUGUUUGUGCCACGAAAGAGCCUAAGUCUAAUUGUCUCUUUUUCUCUUUGUCCAUGUGCCAACUGCUACGGAUUGAAUUUGUAUCGCCUGGAGUCUGAUAAAACAUAAGUUGCCUUAUAUUUCACUACUUUUAUGCUAAAUCACACACAUUCGUGUUCUUGUCGGCAAAGGAGUUUCAGGGCCCGGGCGAAUGACGGGCCGUGACGUGCAUGACUUUAUUGAUACUAACAAUUUGUUUUUUAAAGUAAUAACCCUCACUUCUGGGAUUGAUUAAACAAAUUUAAAAUAGAAAAAAUGAAGCCACAUGAGAGUUGAACAAAGACAUUUACGUCACUCGAACGGUUGGCUCAGUUGUAGAACGCUCGCACGGAACGCGAGAGGUAGCGGGUAGCCACGCAUCGUUCAUAAAUUUUGUUUUCAAAUCAAUUUGUGUUCAUUGAGAUUUUCGUUGCAAUUUGUUGAAUUUAGUAAUGAUUGGUACACAUUAAUCAUUAGUUAUAAAAUUAUGAGUCUGUACUUACAGAAACUUGUCAUACUAAUCACUAUUUGUCUCCCUUUUUCAUCAUCCAUCUAUUUUACAUCUAAAGCAAUUGCAAACCCAAUUGAAUCCUGUGAGCUAAGAGCCAUGACAUGUAUCGCUUUCCAUUUAAUAAUCCAUUUCAUUCCACAAAACUGUUACGC